CGAAGUGUAGCGGAGGCGAGUGGAGUACUUGAAAACUCUCUUAGAAAUCCACGAUAUACUGCUUUUCAAAAUGUCGAGAUCCAUGAUGCAAUCGCAACUUAAGUUGGCUGAAAAGCUAACGAUUAUAAACGACAGGGGAAGUGGUAUGCUGACACGAAUUUAUAACAUAAAAAAGGCUUGUCAAGAUUCAAAGUCUAAACCAUCGUUUUUAUCUGAUAAGCAACUAGAUUCAUGUGUCAAAUAUAUCGUCAGAAAAUUUCCAAACAUUGAUAAAAAUAGUAGAGAUUUAGGGCCUGUAGCAAUGAUUAAAAAUGACGUGGUGAAGUCAUUAUCGUUGUAUUACUUCACGUUUGUUGACCUGAUGGAUUUCAAGGACCAUGCACAAGAAUUGCUGACUACCAUGGAUGCUUGUGGUGUCCACUUUGAUAUUGUGAGUAUAACUGUUUCAGUCUGCGUCCAUGAUACAAAUUUUCCAAGACUUGGCCAAAUGAUUAUUGAAUAUGAACAUCCAUUUAAGAAAUUGUGUGAAGAGUUUGUCCCUCACAGCAAUCUGCUGAUGACUGCUCUCAUGUCACUACAACAAAUCUACCCAAGAAGAAACUUGUCGGCAGCGGAAUGGAGAGCCCAUGCUAUGCUUAGCCUAGUGACUAGUCCAGCACAUAUGUUGAAUCCUGCCCAGUGUGAUACGAUGCCGUGUGAAUAUAUAUCUUUAGAUGUGAUGGAAAGAUGGGUCAUUCUUGGCUUCAUGCUGUGUUACCAAAAAAUAAACCAGCCUGGUGUUUCUGAGUUCCUACGUAUUGCAUUGCAGUCCAGUUGGUGUAUCACGCUAUUCCGUGAUGAAGUUCUGCUCUUCCACAAACACUUGGAAUCUCUUGUUGAAACAGUCAAAGGUUCCAGUAAAACUGUAGCUUUCAUAAAGGAGUGCUGUACACAUGCAUUAACAAAUUCAGGAGCCCUGCACAGAGAGAGGCGGAAGUUCCUGAAAACUGCAUUAAAAGAGCUGUCCUGUAUAUUAACAGACCAGCCAGGGUUACUCGGACCCAAGAUACUCUAUGUUUUCAUGGCUUUGUCAUUUGCUCGUGAUGAAGUAUAUUGGUUAGUUAGACAUUUUGAAGCGCCACAACCGAAAGCUCGAGUCAAACCAAAUGCUGAUGACUUUGAAGACAGACAAUUACCAGAAUUGCUAUUCCACAUGGAGGAAUUACGAGCAUUAGUGAGGAAGUACAAUCAAGUAUUACAGCGAUAUUACAUCCAGUAUCUAGCAGGUUUUGAUGCUAUUGUGCUCAACAACAUUGUACAGAGUCUGUCUCUUUGUCCAGAAGAUGAAUCUCUCCUCCUCUCAUCGUUGGUCAAUACCAUACAGUCGCUAAGCAUCAAACAAGUGGAAAAUACUGAAGUAUUUGACUUCCGAGGACUCAGACUGGACUGGUUUAGAUUACAGGCUUAUACCAGCGUAAGCAAGGCAGCAUUGGUAUUACGCGAACAUCCCGAUCUUGGCAAGACAUUGAACACAAUAUGCUUCCAUACGAAGAUGAUUGACUAUUUAGAUGAAAUGUUAGUGGAGACGUCAGAUCUGAGUAUAUUCUGUCAUUACAAUCAUUGCUUUGAGAAGUUUUUUCGUCAGUGUCUUGACAUGCCAUCUCAGUGUCGAUACAUCAUCGCCUUUCCACUUAUAUGCAGCCAUUUCUUAAACUGUACACACGAACUGUGUCCCGAAGAGCGACACCACGUUGGUGACAGAAGUUUAUCAGCAGUAAAUCUCUUUCUAGAUGAAAUGGCUAAAGAAAUCAAGAACAUCAUAACCAGGAUAUGUUCUGAACAAUGUGCACUCAAUGAUAAGUUACUGCCACAAAACUGUGUUCCUAUAAUUCUGUCUGCCCAGAAGAAGAAAGGCAAUGCAAGAAACAGAAAUCUGCCUCCUUUAGAGAAACCUGGAGAGGAGAGUAAACGCAAAACAAGAGAAGAGUUUACCCCAAUGGAUAAAUACCACAUGGAGUUGACAGAGCUAUGUUAUGCAAUCAAUUACACAGGAUCUAUACAAAUAUGGGAGCACAUAUUUGCACCAAGAGAGUAUCUCAUUGCGCAUCUAGAGGCCAGAUUUAACAAGGCUGUUGUUGGUAUGAUGAUGCAUAAUCCUGAAAGCAAUGAGAUUGCCAAGCCUUCUGAAUUACUGGCUAGUGUGCGUACUUACAUGGGUGUAUUACAGACCAUUGAAAACUAUGUUCAUAUCGAUAUCACCAGGGUUUUUAACAAUGUCCUAUUACAACAAACCCAGCCAUUGGAUAGUCACGGAGAUAAAACUGUCACUCAUAUUUACACAAACUGGUAUUUGGAAGUUCUGUUAAGACGAGUGAGUGCUGGCAACAUAUGUUUCUCACCAAACCAUAAAGCGUUUGUAAGUCUGUCCAAUGAGGGAAACAUGGGUAUAAAUGCUGAAGAGUACUCAGAUAUCACAGAAAUGAGAGCUUUAGCAGAAUUACUUGGUCCCUAUGGUAUGAAAUUUUUGAAUGAGAGUCUGAUGUGGCAUAUUUCAAGUCAAGUAGCAGAACUUAAGAAAUUGGUAGUUCUUAAUAAAGAUGUUUUAUCGGCUUUGAGAACCAACUUUGAUAAACCUGAAGAAAUGUCUGAUCUCUUUAGAAGACUUCGAAAUGUGGAAAAUGUAUUGCAACGUAUGACAAUUGUUGGUGUAUUGUUGGCAUUUAGAUCACUAGCACAGGAGUCACUCAGUGAUGUGCUGAGUCAUCGUAUCCCAUUCCUGCACAGCGCCAUUGUGGAUUUUUGUGAGCAUGUGCAGGUCGGUAAAGAAACUGAGAUUGUGAAUGAGAUGGCAUCUGCUGCUGGGCGUCAAUGUGAUAUCGAUCCUGCAUUAGUGUCUGCGUUAAGACAACAACAGUCAGAAAAUUCAGAAGAUGACUACAGGAUCUCCUGCUUAUUGAUGGUAUUUGUUGCCGUGGCAAUACCCACAUUAGCCAGAAGUGAAAACUCUUUUUAUAAGUCAUACCUCGAAGGACAUGGUAAUAAUUGUCACUGCAUUGCCAAAGCAGUCAAUGGUAUCGCUGGAGCUUUGUUUACCCUACAUGGGAAAGGUGAUGUGGAAGACAGAUUGAAAGAAUUUCUUGCUCUGGCUUCAUCAAGUUUACUGAAGCUUGGACAUGAAAAUGAUAAACUUGUAAUUAGAAACAGAGAAUCAGUUUAUCUCCUUCUAGACCAGAUUGUAUUGGAAUCUCCUUUCCUAACGAUGGAUUUAUUGGAGUCCUGUUUUCCCUAUGUGCUACUCAGGAAUGCCUACCAUGCUGUGUACAAGAAACAAGAUUGAACUAGUGGUUGAUCAGUCAAGUCUCAUAUCAUAUGUAAUAUUUGGUGUAUGUCCUCAUUAGAGUCUAGUACCACACAUAAUAUUCGGUGUACACCCUCAGUCAAGUCUCAUACCACAGGUGAUAUUCGGUGUACGCCCUCAGUCAAGUCUCAUACCACAGGUGAUAUUCGGUGUACGCCCUCAGUCAAGUCUCAUACUACAGGUGAUAUUCGGUGUACGCCCUCAGUCAAAUCUCAUAGCGCACUUAGUAUCUGGUGUACUCCCUCAAAGCACACUUAAUAUCCAGAAAAAAUCCUCACGAGAUCUCUUAUAAAUAUGCAAGAUGUUUUUCACUCAUGUUAUAACUCAUGAGUCUAAAAACUAAGUACAUUUUAUCCAAGGAAAUCCAUUUUCUAAGAAUUCUGUCAAUGUAGUGGUUGGCAGUAUAUUUCUAUCAUUCACUUUACAAUACUACAGCCUUGUGUUUUAUAUUAUGGAGGCAAUGAUAGGCAUGGAAGCAGUGGUUACUUCUCAUUUACCGCUAUGCUAUGCAAAUAGUUUGUACAUUAUAAUACGAGAAACAUAAUACUUCUACUGUAUAGAAUUAUAACUAAGAUC